AUCGCCCAGGUAAGGGAAAGGAUUACGACGUUAACGCUAGUAGCUUGUAGCCUAGCUACGAAACCCUGCAAAUGACAAACCUAGCUGGCGCAAACUUAGCGCUAACAGUUAACUGACUGUAUAACUAAUUUACUAGAGUUGUUAAACAUAACCGGAUCAAAUGGUAAGCGCACUGCAUCGACAAGUAACGAGUUUACUAGGUUGGCUAAAUGAUUUGCGCGAUAGCAUGUUGCUAAGAUAGAUUGCUAACUUGCCGUCUUGGCUCCAUAAUGCUAACGUUACUCGUCUAGCUGACUGUACCUUGUUAGCUGGCUUCUAUGUUAUGCUAGCUACACUAAUAGCAAAACAACUUUAAUGUAGCUCCGCAUUUGGAGGAGUUGAUAUUUGAUAACGGUAGGGCCAUAGUAGAAUAAUUAAGUGUUUAUUUUGUGUCUUAAUGCACGCAUUGGUACAAAAUAGUAGCUGCACAGACUAAGACCAGCAGACUUGUUAAUAUUUAGCUUGCUAGAUUAAGCUAACGUUAGCAUAGAGGACGUCACCCAGCUGCUAAACAGUUACAUGCUUCAGUUACAUGUUCAGACAACUCGGAACUCGAACAUUUCCGACAUCCUACUAGAAAAAGUGCAAUGCAACGCUACUCAAAGUUGGAGUUCCUACUUGUAAACUCGGGGCAAACCCAUCUACCCCGACUUCAUGAAGAAGCAAUUGUCUGACGUCACGCAACAAUGGCAGCACCCAUGGAAGCACAUAUUGUAAAUGGUUUAUGAGCCUGUGCAGUCAUGGGUGACAUGAAAACCCCAGAUUUUGAUGAUCUUCUGGCUGCCUUUGACAUCCCAGAUGCCACAGGGUUGGAUGCCAAAGAGCCCAUCCAUGAGAGUCACGAGGAGACAGAGAGCCCGCUUAAACACACAGGGAUAUGUCUGGAUGACAGCUUAUUGAGUAACCAAGCUGACACAACAGCAGAUAUUCCCGCUGUAAGUGUUAUUGUGAAAAACACGAGACGGCAGGAAUCAUUGGAAGGUUUUGGACCAGCAUUGCAAAAUGGAAUCAGGGGACAAGACGCCUCCAUUGACUCUGUUGAGACAACCAACACAGACUUUUCCAAAUCAUUUGUCUCUGCUUUGAACGGGGAGAGUUCAAGAGAGCUUCUUGGAAAGGCACCUAUUCAGCAUAAACCUGAUGGAACGCCAAUAUUUUCCCAGUCACUUUCUCAUUUUAGUCCCAUCUCCAGUCCUGAAUCUGAAGACACUCAGUGUAGCAGAGAUGAAAUGCAUCCGAAACAAGAGAGACCCUGUUUCCCAGAAGCUUCAAUUUUGGUGGAACGUUCAAUCCCAGACAAUCCCCAAAACAUGGAUCUCAGUAUGUUUGAUGACUGCCCAAAGGAUUCUGAUAUUCCCAAGAACACUCAGAGGAGCAGAGAAGAAAGUAGUAGAAGCGAGGAACACUCUGAAGUCUGUGUCAGUAACGAAACGAAUGAAACACCUAGAAUACACAGUGCACUUCCCCCACAAAGCGGUAACCAGAACUUUGAGGCCAACUGUAAUUCAGGAACUCCAAUGGAUGUUCCCACUUCUUGUCCACAAGUCAAAUCUCAGACAUCUAAAUUAUCCUCUUGCCUUGAGGCUCUGGUGUCUUUGAAUGCUAGAAAAGAUCCCAGAGAGCAUAAUCCGGUUCAGAAUGACAGCAUGAAAGCAAGCCCCAAAGUAACUAUAUCCCCACGAAGCCCCAGAAGUCCAUUUGAAGCUGUGAAACGGUUAACGAAGCCCUCUGAUAGCCCUGUAAGCAUUUGCAGUGAUAGUAGUAGCAAAGCAUCCCCUGCAGUGGCAUCUGGGUCACCCCCUGCCAUACCCAGGGUCAGAAUUAAGACUAUCAAAACCACGUCUGGGCAGAUCAAGCGCACAGUCACCAGUGUGUUGCCUGAUUCCGAAACAGAUGAUGUUCCUUCUGCAUAUGAAUCCUCUCCAUCACAGAGUAUGAUUAGUGAAGAUUCUUACUGUAAUAUGUCUCCUCAUCAGUCUCAAAGUGCAGCUGUUGAUGGUAUUGUUGGAUUACAAACUAAAGUUACCCCAGCCAGUUCAUCCUCACCGAAAGUUAGACACAAGAAGUCAGAGGCUAAUGCCAGGAGGCCAGGCUUAACGCAGUCUACAACAAUAUUCCAUAAUACUAGUGGUCCUGUCAAACGAUCUGUUGCACAUCAGGGGCAGAAACCAAAGAGAGGAUCAUCCACAUCAGGCCACACAACUAACACCAGCUUCCUUCCCAAAGCAAUGCACUUAGCCAGUCUGAACCUGGUCCCUCACAGUGUUGCCGCCUCAGUAGCUGCACGGUCCACUUCUCAUCAAGAAACCCAACACGCACUCUCCUGUAUGGUGUACAGCACUGUCCCACUGGUGCAUCAGGUCAAAACAGCUAAACCUUUUCCUCACACGUCCGUCCCCAACACCGCUGCGGGAACCUUAAACAGACUGUUGAACAAUGCCAACCCUGUGCCUACAUAUGUGCCCAACCUCAACCCCCCUCCAGAGAGCAAUAUCAGCCUUCCACCGCGCGGAUACUGCUGCCUUGAGUGUGGGGACUCCUUCGUGGUGGAGAGGAGUCUUGCGUAUCAUUACAGCAGGAGGAGUGUCCACUUUGAAGUAGGAUGUAUGCACUGCGCAAAGACGAUGGUGUUCUUCAACAAGUGUGCCUUGUUGGCACAUGCACGAGAACACAAGAACAAUGGCAUGGUGAUGCAGUGCACACAGCUCCAUAUGAAACCCAUAGCAGUGGAACAAAUGUUUGUACCCAUGAGUACUGAACCUGUGAACCCUUCACCAUUACCCUCACCUAAAAGCCAGCCUGUCCUGCCCCUAUAUCCAGACAAUGUCAUUCGUCACCGACUGCGUUGCCUGGAGUGUAACAAGCAGUUACCUGACUACAAAGCACUUGCAGGCCAUUACCAGAGGCUGUCAGAAGAUGUGGAAGGACUGACGUGUAAGGUGUGCUCAAUGUUGUUACCCAACAAGUGUAGCUUCAGAGCUCACGAACGCAUUCACGCACACAAGUCUCCUUACUGCUGUCCUGAGUGUGGGGCCCUGAGUCGUUCUGCAGACAUACAGAAGCAUGUCAAGGAAAACUGUCUGCACUACGCUCGCAAGGCUUGGUACAAAUGUCUUCACUGUGAUAUGGUUUUCAAGACCCUCGAAGGACAAAAGACUCACAUUGAGGAGAAACACUGUGAGGUCUUUUACAAGUGCUCCAUCUGUCCAGUUGCUUUCAAGACUUCUGACGGCUGUGAAGUGCAUUUAGAAAAUAAACACAGUGCCAGCAAAAUAUCCCCUCAGUUAAUAUUUAAGUGUUCAUGUGAGACAGUUUUCAAGAAGAAGCCGUUACUGUUUCAGCAUUUCCAUCAGAAUGCCAACAUGCGUGUUACCUGUGUAUUCAAGUGUCCAGAAUGCAACUCCGUCUUUCCACAGAAGCAGCUGUUAAUGCAGCACUUCAAGGACGUUCAUGUCGGGAACAUGACAGCAGAGACAGAGAAGAGCAGUACACAAACAGACGAUGCUGACUGGUACAAGGGUGCUCAUUCCGUCCAACAACAGAAGAGUCGCAGCCUAGUUACACACAAAGAUAGUCCCAGGAAAAAGGCUGAUCAGGACAGCAGACCCCGUGUGAAGCCCACCGGCUGGACGUGUGGGGAUUGCCUCCAGUGGUUCCCUGAACGAGAAUCCUAUGUUUCUCAUGUGAAGACCAACCACGGAAAGCCAGUGAAGAAGUAUCCAUGUCGACAUUGUGAGCAGUCUUUCAACUCUACAACCAGUCUAAGAAGACAUAUUCGCAAUGAGCAUGAUGGAAAAAAGAAAAUUUACACUUGUUGGUAUUGCAUGGAUACCAAGACAACAUUCACGACAAGUGUGACGUUGAAGAACCACAUUGGUCUAAUGCAUGGAAUCAAAAAUCCUGAUCUUCGCCAAAUGCCGAAAACAGCCAUCCAGGAAUCAAAAAAGGAUUUGAGCAAGGGGCUUGUAUCAGAAAGACAUGCAGUGGACACACAGGUGGAGGCGCGGGGUGGCACUUUCAGUCUCGAGGCUCCUUCAGCGAAGCGUCUUAAAACGCAGUUCCGUUGUUCAAAGUGUGGUUUCAUCACAGACAGCAGUACACAGUUCCAGCAGCACAUACCACAGCAUAAAACUGAUGAAAACACUCCUCAGUGCCUUCACUGUGGCCUGUGUUUCACAUCUGUGCUGUCUCUCAACAGACAUCUUUUCAUUGUACACAAAGUGAAAGAUCCUGAAGAAGAGGAAGUGAAGGAGGCAAAGGUUAGAGAGAAGGACCAGGAUAAUCAGCAAGUUAGAUCAGCAGAUACCGAUGAGGUGAAUGACUUGUUACUGGAGCUGAAUGAACCCGAGGCAGAUGAGCCAGCAAGCCUGCGCUGUGACAAGACCGCGGACUGUAAUUUAAAACUGCGCACUCACUCUCAGACACACGCAGUCUCUCUCCGGUAGUGAGAGCCACCUCAACAGUCAACACCUCUUUAAAGCUGCUUUGAUAUCUUCAGUUUUCAUGUGAAAGUAACAAGGGAUGUUUGAUGUUCUGCAUGGAGGUGGUGCAAAGUGUUUGGGCCUUUUUUCAUUUUGACAUUUUUCUCAAGUUAUUCAGAGGUCAUGCAGUAUAGUCAAGCAUAUCCUCAACAUUCAUUAAAGAGCAGUAUAAAUGAGAGGACAAAUUCAUAGUCAUUUUUCAAUUGUUUUUGUUUAACUUUGCAUGUCGGUAAUAUAAUUAUCUUGCCUUCAUUCUUUCUAUGUCUUUUUGUUUGUUUGUUUUUUGUUUUCAAAUGUUCCAUCCACCCUGACAGGAGACUCAGGAAUCUCUGUUAAUUCUUAGGUCUGGUGUAACUGAAUAACAGUGAAGGGGUGGAUUUUCACCUUUGUAAUCAACUGUAAUUUUAAUUGCUUGAAUUUUGUAUAAGUAAGUAUUUAAUGCUACACACUAUUACCUGAAUGGGAUUCAGGUUGCAGUUUUUAUGGAAUGACUGUGUUGCAAUUAAUUUGCAGUACAAAGCUAGAAUUUUAUUACAUUUAUUACAAAACAUGGUAUAGUCCGAUUUUCAUUUAAAAGCCGUAUUUCUGCAUUCUUGGUAAACAGUUAUCUGAAAAAACUGUCCUUUGAGAUCUAAGCAAAGCCUGCUGAAGUUAGGCUACACAUAAAUAACAAGACUUUCUUUUGACUAUUAAAGCAUUCUGAAAUGCUUUUGUUUUUAUGUUUGUUGAAUGGGAUUUGUUGGUGCAUGUGUUGUCCCAGAUCUGGCCUUUUUUUCAUUUUAUUCUUUGUUUUUUCUUUUGAAUGAGUGUUCAGGGGAAACAUGGAGAGGUAUUAGAUGUUUGGUGCCGCAGUGUUGAAAAUACCUCAAAUUACCAGAAGUGUAUUUUUCAGACAAAUGAACAGUCGAGGUUAUGUCAAAUCAGGGUACAUUGUUUUGGGUAAUCCAGUAACAGUGAAUAAAGUUUGGAGGCAUGUUGGAGAUAAUGUUUUAUAAAUCAGGACCUCUUUACAUGAAGUUGCUCAUAAUAAUAAUACUGGUAGGAUCGGAGGAAUUGGGUAAAUCCAUGAAAAAAGCCAUUUCUUGGAUCAGCGCUCAUAAUGAAGGGUCCUUCUUGUCCGCAGAUCCUGAUUUGUAAAUCGGCACCUCUUGUUAUGUUUUGAAAACGGUGACAGUUCCUACCUCCAUGGUUAAUGGCAGUGAUUGUUGAACGAAGAAAGGCUUUGAGGAGUCACAGGUAAUCUCAGUGCAAUGUAAAAAAUGUAUGUAGGAAAUGUGUAUUAUCCCACAUUAAUAAAUUUUAUAAAUUAUUUUGGGAAUAAAUUAAGGCUAUGUGGUCAUAUUGACUUGACAUGGCAAGUGAACUUUUCUAUUUUGAGCUCUUUGUUUCUCUGUUAGUCCUUAAAUCACCAUGCUGCAGAUAUCAAACUGCAGAGGCUGAAAAGAAUGUUCACAACUUGUUCUUUUGUAAUGCUCAUUAAAAAAUAUUUGUACUUUUCAUACUGUGUACAGUGAGGACUUGUAUAGGAAAGUUACCUGUGUACAUACAGUAGCCACUGAACCCUGGAUUUACAACAUUUCUUAAGCCAUUACAUCUAUUCAGCAUGCAGUGGCCCGUGUGCCUUGCUGUAAUGUUUACGUCAAGUACUUACAAAUAAAUUGGUGCAUUUAAUUAUA